UUACGAUUUCCGAGUGGAAGAUUUUUUACGAGUCGAAGUCUAACAUAAUACAUGAAGUCUGCAAGUAGCGAUAAUCGAAUUGUUCACUUGUUAUAGAGAAAUUUUUCAGGCGUUCGACCGACCCGUCUAGUGCCGAGCAGCAGCAGCAGCAGUACUUGUGGAGUUCUUUUUGGCAUAUCGAUUUCAGACGCAAUGUGCAGCGUGUACCCCCGCUCUCACGACACUUACGCGUGGAACGCGGUGGACGUGCGCGCCAGCGACGGCUCGCUGCAGCACGGCCGCGUCAUCAACGCCCUGAAUAACGGCUUGAUCGUCGACUUCGAGUGCCCCGGCCGAAACGCUGCAUUCGUCAAUCCGGACCUGGUAGCCGUGCGCGCCAGCUGUCAUUCCCUGGGGUACACCUUCGAUGGCACACUGGACUCGGCUUGGCACUUCAACAACGCAGCGUUUCCCCCUGGUGACGAUGAGCCCAGGGUGGAGAUUUUGGCGCGGACCAGUGCGGACCGCCCAUGGACAUGGCACGCGACAGAACCGUUAUAUAGUCAACUGUUCUGGCAGCGCUAUGUGUUUGUGGAGAUGCAGCUGGAUGCCGGCGUGAAAAGACGCCUGAUGCGGGCACAACCUGUGCGCCUACCGGAGUCCGCUGACGCUCCUGACAGUAGCGAGGGUCGCAUCGGGAUGUACGCCUUCGUGACUCGCGCUUUCAUGCUGCCUGAGGACUACUGGGGCGGUGAGUGCGUGAGCGCGGCUCUGUGGGACGCCUGGAAGCAGGCCGUGGAGGCGUCAGAGUACGCCGUGUGGCCUGUUUGCCUCAUGGGCAGGACGCUGGUGUACUUGCAAGAACUGAUAAAGUCACCAUUGGAAGAUGAACACCUGCAGCGACUAAUCACCGAGGCUAGGAACCGACUCACGCAGGUGCCGUGCGAAUCGCUGCCGUUAUACAAGCCGUCUGGAGUCGUUGAUGCACUUGACGGUGCCGGUCAGAUGGAAAUGUUUUGCGCCUUGCCAGCUGCAAUAUUCCGCCAAAUCUUGGACAUGCUGGACAGUGUGCACCGGGCCCAGUGUUGCCGAGUUUGUCCGCUGUGGGACUCUCUUAUCGGAACGGAACAGCGGGUAAUCUGGGUGUCGUUCUCCCACCAGCGCCUCGUCGAUGAGGACGGAAUCGCCACGACGCCCAACGAGACCGAGUGGUACCGAUCGGCGUACCUCGUAGGCAUGUGUUUGUGGAAAUGCCUGACGUCGAUCACCAAAAUCAUCAUCAUGGGUAAUGCGUCGCAUCAGCAGCCGGACAAUGCGGCUCUGUCCGACUGCUUCGAUCUGAUCGACAGCGUCCUGAUCGAGCAAGAUCUCGAUGAAAAUAAUAACAUAACGGUUAUUGUAAACAAGUUCUACUGGGAUCUGGGUAACUGCCUGGACGAAGAUAUGCAUGGCGCGGCGGCGGCGGUGGCCAGGGUGGUGUGGAAGGACGGGACUUUCAGUGGUCCCGGCGAACACUUCCGCCACGAGUCGAUAAAGUAUGCUGUCAGCUGUUUGAGCGCCGAACCAGUGGAUGUGGACGGUGAGCCCGUUCGCGUCCACAUGAAUCUCAGUGACGUGCUGGAAAGGGGUCUGACGGUGGAUUGUCGUGAAGCGCGGCUGCAGUUGAAGGAUUGGUUGGCUGAUGUGGCCUCGCAGGAGCCGGAGUCCUCGGACCGUCAGCGGAUCGACACGGUGCUGAUUUCUUGCCAGGAGAGCGAUCCGCGGGUUGUUUCCAAAUUCGGCAAGAUGCAGUGGAGCGUAGAUACUGUGCAGGGUCAGGAUCUGGACAAGCUGACCAAAUUGACGUUGUGCGCACUACAGCGCGAAAUGAUUCGUGGCAACUGCACGCAAUGCGAUUCAGCUUCCAGCUAACCCCAGGGUGGACAUGAUGGGUCCCCAGUGGGUAGCAUGCGUACACCCAUUUUAGUUUAUCGUCGGUGCCGGAAGUGGAGUGACUGUGGACGACGGCGUGUUCUCACUUUUUCAUGGCAGUGAUUGCUCGUUUUAUU